CUCAGAACGCGGCGGUGACGGAAUUUAAAAAAAACCAACAAAAUUCGAAACCGGACGAAUCGAAACGCGCGCGGUCAUCAAAAAUAAUUACGGCGUCCGCCGGUUCUCCCGUUCUCGCGCGUGCGGUUUUUUCACCGGACAUUUCCGAGGUGAAAAACAAAAGAAAUGGCCGCGCGGAGCGCGAUUCAGCCCUCGGCGGGGGCGUCCUCGGGGAUGGAAACGCCGCAAUAAUCAAUACGGCGGGACCGCACCACCGCACUCGCGGCGGGUUGAUCGGAUUUCUGCGCCAGCGCACCCGUAUACAGUCUGCGUGCGUACGCGAGCAAGUUGAUACCGAGGUACGUGCGCCGCGUAUGCGUGCGCGUCCGGACAGACGACAGCAGUUUUCCCGACGCGCGCAAACCGACAACAGCAAUAACAACAGAAACGAACAAACGGAAAACCGUUUCGUUCGCGUAUCGGCAUCGGCAUAGGCAACGACGACGACCGCCGUACCGGCCCCGUCUUGCGCGGCUCUCCCGCAGCAGCAGCAGCAUGGCCGAUUCCGAGUUCGAAGAGUUCCGGCAGAUAUUCGAAUCGCUGCCCCAACAUCUGAAGGCGUCCGCGCAGACGUACACGUGAGUAUUUUUUGUUGUUUCCCCACGGUGUCCGUCGAUCGCGUCGGGGACGGCCGCGGGUAAUCGUCUCGCGAGCCGCGUCCCCGUGCCGCGGGCGCCUACGUUGUACGGGACGCGGACACCCGUCCGGCGGAUCCGCCGCCCCGUGAAGACGGUCGGCGUCGCCGGUUGUCGCACGAUUUCCGUCGACGCCGCGGACACACGCGUGCGGCGACUCCUUAAACCCGGGAAACGCGUUGCUUUCGGACAGUGGCGAACGCCCGAAUCGCGUAAACGUUGUGUGACAUUGUGCGGUUACACGUACGCGGCCCGCGGGUGGGUGGAUAUGGAGGGGCGGCAAUACGUUCCCCUAACCCGUUGUGUUCCCACACCGGGGUACAGUACGCGAUUGUGUACGUUUAGUUGACAAAUCGCGGACAUACUGCGUACGCUCUCUCGAACGGUUAAACAAAUAUUCGCGGUUUAUAGUGCUAUUUUUGUAAAACGUGCCGUUGUUGUUUUUUGGUAAUUGUAAUUUAAUAACUUUAUAGUGAUUUUGUACAUUUAAUACAUGCGGCCCUAUAAAAACACUAUAAACCAUAAGAAAAAAAAACGCCCGUAUAAAAUAACCCGUGUAAGAAACAAGCUGUUACUUUUGUAUACUUUCUCGAAAUAAUUGAUGUGAACACCACUGUCCUUAACCCUCCUAGUUACUCGGCCACUGUUGUGGCCGAGUAAAAUUAUUCUUGUACUGUAAUACAACGAACCUUCUUGGGUGUUUGUCAAACGUCAAAAUAGAAGAGUUCAAGACGUUAUUUUUAUUUAUAAAAUAUAAAUGGAUCAAUCAGCAAUAGCUUCCUCGUUAGCCUAAUCGAUACAACAAGUCGUCCAUCCAAUCCCCCAGACCAUAGAACACUUCGGAGCUCCGUUUCUCCUAUCAACAGAGUUUUGGUCUCACGUAACAGUCAAAAAGAUAACAUAGACAUUUUCAUUUCUUUCGUCAAUAUUUUGUACGCAACGGUUUACAUAGGUAUAUGAACUUGAAAACGAAACAAAAUCAAUUACCCACAAACAAUCGAAUUUAAAAUAGCGCAAUCCGCAAUAUUUAAUCAGUUACUUGACGAUAGCGAUUAUUUCCGUGAAAAUUUGAACUUUAAAUGCGUAUAAAAGAACACUGUUUCGUUACGCUCAACUUUUUGUUUUUACCAUUAUGCGCAUUAAUAACAUGAUGAAAUUCGAGUAAUAUUUUCAAAUGUUCUGCUCGGCUAAAAACAAAACCAAAUUAAAACUCGAAUAACGAACUCAAAAAUUUCAAAUAUAGAUUAACUAAAAAAAAAAAAAUCAACAGAAUGAUUUGAAAAUUUUACUAGGUACCUACGUCUAUAAAUGACCAAUAUUACUAUAAAACGAUUAGCUGCAGGCCAUGUGAAUUCGUAUGUAUAGUAAAAAUUAGAUGACAAACCACGAUUAAUCAGAAAUAGAUUCAUUUGAAAACGCAUUGGGGUGUAUCAUUAUAAUAUUGUCUUCCUAUAAAAACGGCACACCGUGAAAAUAAUAAUAAAUAUUGUGUAUUUUCUACUUCGAGUCGAAUACGUAAAUAAAUAUCAUAGUAAUACAAUGAAAACUGAUAAGUAAUAUUCGUCUACAUGAUAUCGGAUAUCGUGGGGGGGGGGUGAGUUACAAAACCGAUCCGAUAUAUUCCGGAAAAAAUAAAAUGUUUGUAAUAUUUCUGUAAUAAGGAAAUUCGGGUUUUCAACCGAAAUAUCGGCUGGUUUCAAUAUCUGCUCGUAUUAAUCAAUUUCAAACAUGUAGGAUCGGACAUAAAGUUUUAUAACAUAUCUGUAGCGAAUUUCGGGUAUAGAAAAAAAAAAGUAAUAUCGGCUCAGCGCUAUAGUAAUGCUCGUAGUUUUGUCACAAUUAUUAUAGAAUACAAAUUACAAUUCACAUUAAAAAGUACGAGUGAAAUGUAUAAUCUUUGAGAAUCAUUAAUUAUAAACGGGCACCUACUUCAUUUAAAUGCGGUAACGCGAAACGUCUCAGUCAGAUGGAUCGAACUGGAGUUUUUUUUACGAAUGGUUCGGUAGUAGGUACCUAUACUAAUGUCUGAACCACAAUAAUGCACAAUUUAAGACCGUUUUCAAAAUGACUUACUUUACUAUUAACUAAACUACUAAAUAUUCUUAAACGGAAAUAUCAGUUUCGAAUAGUUCUAUUGGUUUUUCAAGUAACUUUAAGUGGUAAGAAAAAACUUGUUCACUGUUUCACGAGAAAAAAUUAUAAUUAAAAAUUUAAAUUACACGUGCAUAAAAACAUAAUUUUUAACUUUUUUUUCAAAACAAUACUUUUAAAAAUGAACUUUGGAUGUACACCUAAGUAUCUUAGACAAUUUUCGAGAGAGUAAAAAAUUGCAUCCGUCAAAGGUACUUGACAACUGAAAAGGAGGCGACUGUUCGGAUGCGUUUAUCGUAAUAGUUUUAUCGCACAUUGUAACAACGUGAAACUAUUAUGAAACUCUCGCUCUUCCUCGAAAAAAACCCAUCCCGAUCUAAUAAGUUCAUCCGGCUGAACAAUUUCGUGUUACCAUUUGAAUGACACGGUAUAAAUAUAUUUUUGAAAUGCUAUUACUACAGUUUGAAGUAGUUUGAAAAUAAAAAAAUAUAUAUACAUAUAAAGGUAAAGAGUCCGUGUUCCUUUUACACAAAACCCCAAGGCCGCCCGCAUGUGGUAAUUAUUGCGGCACCGUAGUUUUUUGGUUUAAAAAAAAUAUUACCAUUGUUUAUAUAGGACACACCUAUACGUGUAAAUGGUGUGCACGCGUGGCGUAGCCGUGGAUCAAUCUGAGAUCAUAUUUAAUUAUAUGGACUUGGCCCAAUGGCCCUGUAGAAUACGGCCGACGUAAUAGGCGAAGUGAUAAUUUUCUGUGGGGGGAGUGGGAGGAUGGAGGGUAGAGUUAUAUAGCACCAAAAAAAAAAAAAAAAAAAAAAAUGUUCACAUUUAUACGCACACCAGUGGGUGUCGUCGCCUUCACUUCUCCCUUAAAAACCUUUAGGUUAUUUACAGCCGAAUGCAGGAGAGGGUUUCGGGAUUCUUACCCUCCCAUCUUCGCUAAAUAUAUAUGUAUAAAACUUGAUAAUUUGUGCAAUUAUGAAUAUAGCCUAUUAUACCCACUAUUGAUUUGCAGCGGUACAGCGAUUUGUUCAACCGUCCUCCUCCUCCCACGCCAACAGCAUUCCUUGCGUUAGUCCCUAAAGCAAUGAAUUAUUGCUAUUACCUCGUUAUUUGUUCCAUCUAAUUAAACAUAAUCUAAAUUAAAAUAUUAUCAUGUCUGAGUGUUGUUCUGUUCCCGGGCACGUAGGUAAUAAAUUAUGAUUGUAAACACUGGUUACUCGAAAAUUCGAAAGCAAUUACGAUUAAUUUAUUUUUUUUUUCAGGGGAAAGUAUUUUGGCUCAUGCUCGUUCGCGAAAAACGGGAAUGGCUGAAACAACACUGUUAUUUGAAAUAUAAAAAUAUCUCACAACGGGGAAAGGGAGCCAUAUAAACGAAUAUUGUAAGAGUACCAUAGGCGGAGGUCAGGAGACUAUGGUGACUUAGUUCCCAAAAAUCACAGAAACGUAUCCUGAAAUUCGUCCUUUCUAAUUUUCUACUAAAUAUGAUUUUUUUUUUUUUAGUAUAGCCAUUACUGAACUCGAUAAUAUUGCAUUCUAUAAUAACGUAUAAUAAUAGUAGUAACUGCGUGUGGAGUUCGACAAAGAAACCUUGUUACAUUUUGAAAACCAUUUCAUUCACCACCAAACUUAAUGAUUUUACGACUAAUACGAGGGUGUAUUAGUAUACAUUACACCAGGUAACCUACUAUAAUAUAGGUGUAUACAUAUACAGGAUGAUUCACUAAGCGUCCCAUUUUUUUUUUUUUGUAAUUCAAUUUUGUACGUAAUUCAAAUUCUGAUUUUUGGAAUUUUCAAAUGUAGUUGAAAAUUAUUAAACGAGUAUUCGAAAAUAUCGGCUUUAAUUACAUUUAAAAAUUCCAAAAAUCAGAAUUUGAAUACGUGCAAAAUUUAACAAAAAAAAAAAAAAAAGAGUGAACACGCUUAGUGAAUCACCCUGUACAUGAAAAUAUCUUAUUCGAACUUUUUUUUCAAUAGGAAAAACAAUACCUGUGAACGAUAUUGAAAUUAUUUAACCAGACAAAUAUUCUGGUCUAUACUGUUAAGUAUAAUAUUCCACUAUAGUUUAUACUAUACCAUAACCUAAUUUUUUACAAAACAAUCCUUUACUGACUUGAUGUAUUUUUCUAUAGUUGUCUAAUUAAUAUAUACCCACUACAUAUUAUUUACGUAAACUAUAUGCGAAAUCGUAUACUAUAAUAUAGUAUACUAUCAUGCUAACAUUUGCUUUAGUUCCAUAAUUUUCUUUUAAUUGGAUUUUGUAGUGAAAAGGAAAAGCGAAAAAUGAAAUUAGGUUUCUGUUAUUUGUAGAGUGCAAUUUUGUAUUUACAGGGAAAUAUCUUCGUAAAUAUAGAAACAAUUUAUAAAACAUUAUCGUAUUUCAGUAUCCCGCAGUUAAUAACAUUUCAAUUUCGAUUUUCGGGGAUAAAAAUUGUAUUAUUUUAUCAUUGUAGCCCGGCAAAGGGCGUAGGCGAAGAAAAAUAAUUAACAACAAUUACAUCUAAUCUAACCUAAUAAUUUAAUAUUUAUCACCCGUUAAUAACGCACAAUGUCAGUUUAUAUACAUUUUGAAAACCUCGAUAGAAAUUAUCUGGCAAUUGAUUAGGUACUUAAAGAUAGCAAUAAUUUCGAAGAAAAAUGUUUAGGAUGUGGUGUAAGGGUGACGCACCUGUUAUUUGGACAUAAUUGAUAAUUAUUUUUAGUUUAAUUUCUUUUACUAGGUUAUCAUAUCAAUACUAAUAAAGGUACCUAAUCGAUUUUCCGCUUAAAUAUAAAAUCUAAUGUACAAAUACGUAUAGUACACAAAUACUUUAUGAAAAUAAUAAAACCAGUUGUUGCCAUAGAUCAGUGGUGAGCGAAUCCGGCACGCGAUCGUCUAUUAACCGGCCCACCAAAGUAUUAAAUCAAAAUUGAAAAAAAAAAAAUAAAUUCAAAUUUCAAAAAUAAACACUCGCAUCAAAAAAAGAAAUGUUUAUACUUUACAUUUUUUUUUUUCCGCCAAGAAUUGUUAUUUUUUAUGGCCCGCUGUAAAAAAGAUUGGUCACCACUGCCAUAGAUGAUCGAAUUAUCGAAAUUGUGUAAUUUAAAAAAAGACCCAUAGGGUUGGUUGGCAACUAUUGUCCGUCCGAAUUUGUUUGAAAUCAAAAGUCAAAGGGAGCAAGAUGGACAAUCGACCGACAAAUAAACUACCAACCGGACAAUUAACCGACAAUAAUAUCUUUAUAAAGUAGUAAUUUGAAAUGCCAUGAAAUUUAAAUUUGAAAUACAUUUAUGAAAAUCUACUCAUAAAAAAAUAAUUUUAAAAAGACUGCCAUACUUAGCACGAUGAGUGAGCCACUGUUGUAGGCGGGAAUUUGGGAAGGUUAGAUACAGAGGGGAAUUUAAUGUAUAUCUGUGUGCAACGAUUACAUUUUUUUUUUUUUUAUUUUUCUAUACAAUUUCUAGGUAUAUUAUGAUGAGUGUAAUUUGAUGUAAAAUUUAUAUUGUGAUUAUACACACGUGUAACGACAUGGGUGUUAUAAUGUGCGUGCAAAAAAUAAAAAAUAAACGAAUAGCAAUUAUUAUUUAUUAACAAUUAUUUUUACUCACAAUUAUUGUUAUUGGUUUUUUUUUUUUUUAUUAUUAUUGUUAUUAUUUUUAGUGAAUUAGUAAUCCGCGUUAUCGCGAUAGCGGGUUAUUUCGAGAUUUAAACUGUUUCGUAAAUAUACGACUUUAUUUUCAUUAUUAUUCAUUUAAAAUGAAACUACAUCGCAUGGCAUGGCCAAAUGACCUCUUUAUAUAUUAUUGUCGGCCGAUUGUCCCCGUCGGUAUUCUUGUUGUCGGCCGAUUGACCCCGUCGGCGUGUUUGCUGUCGGUCGAUCGACGCGUCGCCUACCGCGUACCGCCGGUGGUACGCGCGUGUACCAUUGUCCGAGAACCGCUAGUCUCAAACAUACCGAUUGGUUGAUCGUAUUCGACAACACCAACAAUAAUGCGGCGAUACAAAUUCAUCGUGUAAAAACAAUUCGAAUUGCUCAUCUAUUGCGUUAUUGUCGCGUAGUUGUUUUUGAUUCGUUACACUAACGGCUCAUUCGCGGGUCUACAUUGCCUACCUACCCGCCUAUGUAUAUUGUUGAGGAGCCGAGUCACAUACGAUUAUUAUGUUUGCCCGUUUUAGUUUGGUCCACGAUGUAUUAUCAGACGAAGAGUCAUCGUCGACGGAAACGACAGUCAACAAGAACGUUGAAAGCAAUAGCGCUUUUAACGUAUUUUCCACGUUAGAUGACGAUCAAACCGAACGAAAGCCCAAGUAGGACAUACAUUCAAGUAUAAAUACGUAUAAUGCAUAUUAAUGUUACACACAAUAUUCAAGUUUAACGUGCGUAUGGUGUUACAGUUCAAUUGUUCGUUCUAGGAAUGAGAAAAGGAGGAGAAAAUUACCCGAAUUACCAAAAACCAGAAGUAACGUUUGUUUUUAUUUUUGAUUAUUAAACGAUGAGCCGAAUGUCUUCGAGGGUACAGUUUACAUUUAUCAAUAUACACGUGUCUACUACUUUGCUUUUAUUCGCCAUUUCCUUCAAUCGAUUAAUUCGUCAAUCGUUUAUUCGUCUUAACAUAUUAGGGUAUUUUCACGCGAGGGCGACACAAAUAGCAGCUGACCUCACUAAAGGCGAAGAGAUAUUAUAAAAAGAUAGGCAAGACGUUUUUUUUUUUUUUUUUUUUUAUACUGUUGAUAAUAAGCAAAUAGUUUACGUAAAAAAAAUCUAACAGUGCUCCACAUAAAUCCGCAUUUCGGGAGGGGAUGGUUCAUCGUUGGCUGUUUCAUUUUCAAGUUAUUUUAUACAUAAUAUAUGCAAUAUACAUGUAUAUUUAUUUUGGAAAUUGUACACAUUUGAUGAGACCCCUUUACCCAAAUAAUCAUAAUAUAUAGGUAUACCUUACCUUAACUAAUAAAUCGUUGUUCCAUAAUGUUUUGUCUAUCACUGUACCAAAAAACUGAAAGUACACGCAAAUUAGUAACGAAUCUAAAGUUAGGGAAGUGUAGGUCAGCUAUUUCCGAGAGGCCACAUUUUAGGGCCAAUUAAAAGGACCAAGGACACACCUGUAUCCUUUUUUUUUCUUUUAGGAGGGCUAAAUACAAUUAUUAAAGGUCACACGGUUUGGCUGGUAUAAAUAUGUAUUAUGUACAGACACGGGUAGUAUUCUGAAUAAUUUUAACAAGAAUAUUUUUUAUUUAUCUCGUUUUAGAGUAUUAAAUGUUUAAUUUCAAGAAGUUUGAUUUAUUUAUUUAUCGGUAAACAAUUUUUUGGUUAGUAAAAAUGUUCCAAUUUGUUAACGCGUUACUUAAAAAGAUGCGCAAUUUUUCACCUGGUGGUUUUCGAUUUAAAACAUUUUUAAAAAUUUUCAUUAAUUGUGUAUUUUGAAAAUACUAUUGUAAAGCGUUCGAAUACAUAUUCAGAAUAUUAUUUUCUGUAUGUAUUGCAAUAUUCAUUCUAAAUACCUUUCAAAAUAAUUUUACUCAAGUCUUCUAUUAUUAAUAUUAUUAUUAUAUACUGAAAUACAUUAGCUUCAGUAUACAAAUUUUAAGUGUACAUAAUUAAUAAUUUUUCAGUGUUCAAUCAGGUUGGGGGUUUAAGGUACUAAUGUAUUGUUUUGUUUUUAUUAUUAAAAAUUAGUAAAUUGUAGGUUAUACAUGUAGAAUUUGAUCAGUUGUGCGAGCAUAUUUCAUCGUACUACCACUGCAGAACCACAGAUGAUAAAUAUGAAUAAUAUAAUAAUAAAAUUAACAGUAAAAAUGUUGAUUUCCAGAUUCCGACGAUCUUUUUUUUUCUAUCUCAUUUGGCAAUAAUGUUACUAUUUUAAAUGAGGAUUGGGAAAUACCCCCGACAAAACACGCCGAGUAGGAUAAAGUUAUAAUUUUAAUAACACAGUUCGCCAAUUUUAUCAGUAAAAAUUAACUGUGGGUCAGGGGACUCCCCGGGAAAUCUAUUACAAAAGACGAAAAUUGAUUCGUUUAAAAUACUAUCGGCCAUAUCUUUUAAGGCGGUCGAGUUAUUUUCUUCUACGAUUAUACUAAAAAGUGUUUUUUACUACAAUAAAACUAAACGCUUUUUCACUUUGCUUAGAAUGUUUUUAUUACUAUAGGUACCUAUAUUGAUUAGAGUAAAGAGGACAUUUGGCCUGUUAAUAAAAUGAUUAACCGAAAUGAUUAAUUAACCGAUACGAAUCAUUUUUAAAUGUAUAAAGCAGGUUCGGUGUUAAGCUUAGCAGACGAAUUAGGAGAAGUGUUUUCAUCGGACAGAAGGAAAUCGUUUGUAUCAGGGCUACGAGAUUACGAAUGCAGAUCUCCGGAUUCGGGCAUAUCAUUAGUUAAUUCACCAGAAAGAGCUAAAUCCAGUUCACCGCAACAAAUCGGUAACGUAUAUCUGUAAUGAAAGUAACUUUUAAACAAAACAUUGAAAAUAUAUUUAGACUCGUUUAUGUACGUAGACACUCCGACCCCCGCAUCGUCGUGUUCCUCGGGCCUUCCAUUAUCUCAGUUGGAGCUCUUGGAAGCUACGCACAGGGGACUGUACAAAUUCGUUCCUAGACAUCGAGAUGAAAUGGAAGUCGAUAUUGGCGAUCCGAUUUACGUGCAAAAAGAGGCCGAGGACUAUUGGUGUGAAGGUACAGUACAAUACUUAGUUUUCGCUAGAAAAUUUACCGUCUAUUUGCACUUUACACGUAUGCCAGGCGUAAACCUCCGUACUGGAUCUCAAGGAUCGUUUCCAUCCGCGUACGCCGUGGACGUGGAUUUUGCGGAUUUCGAUUCUGCGACACCUAAAGUGAAACGAGAACGGUUUCUACUCGGAUACAUGGGUUCGGUAGAGACCAUGUGGCACAAAGGCAAUUCCGUGCUGUGUCAAGCUAUUCGCAAGAUAACCGAACAACGGCCCAAUUGUAAACCACAGUCGUGUAUACUCGAAGUGUCGGACCAAGGGCUUCGAAUGGUUGACCGUGCCAAAUCGUCUUCAAUGGUAAGUGAAUAACUAAAAUAUUAAAACGCAAUUCACAAUGGACUCGUCAUUUACAUGAUACUCUCUACAAAACUAUACGAUGAUUCGUUUAUUAAGUGACGGACAGUUGAUACGCACACCGAUUAUAAAUACAGCACAACAGUAAAUCGUACCACACAUUUUUUUAUUCAGUUUUCAUAAUUUAUAACACAUAUUUUGGGAGAUUAUUUUUAAAAAAAAUAUCCAGAUUUCUGUGUACGUUGUGUUCCACUAGGUUGGCACCGGCACCUUAAAUGGGUUAUGAUUUCGCUACUUCUCAGUUUUUUCUAGAAUCCAGGAAAAUUCAAAAUGGUCGGCACAUUGCUCGAAUAAUUCAAAAGUAGUAUCGAAUACCCAGACGAUUUUGCUACAGAAUCAACAGAAUUUUCUACUUGCUGGUUUUUCACACGGCUAAAUAUACAGGCAUGUCAACAAAAUAACACAGCGCAUAAAAUAAGGCAGCCAUUGGCGGACAUCAUAGAAUAAAUAAUUUUAUUGCCGAUUUUGUCAUCGUUAUCGUACAAUCUCCAAGUAAUAACACGACACCACGUCUUGAUAGCUGCCAAAUUUACAUCAGAUGAAAUAUGGCCGACACUGGCGUAAAAUACGCAGUGAUGGUGUUUUUGGUUAUCUUUUUGACAUACCUGUAUAUCUAGCUAUGUUUUUUUUUUUAUAUAAACCGAAAACAAAUACAAGGCUAAACACAUAAAACAAAUAUUGGACAUAUCAGAUAUAAGUGGAAGUAAAUUUUAAUGUGGAUUUUUUCACUAGAAAUCAAAUAAUUAAGCGCCUACCUACCUUAUAAAUAUAUACAAACACUUAAAUACAAAAUAAUGAGAAUCAUUAUUUAUGUAAAUAAGAGUACAUAAAUUGAAUUAAAACAAUUUGUAUUUAAAAUAAAUACAUAAAAAGGUGUUCUACGAUAAUGAGGACGGGCGCAGCCACUGUUAUAGGUGAGAAGUUGAGAAGGUAGAGGGAAAAUUUAAUGUUUAUCUAACGAAAAACGAUUCUGAGCGAAGUUCGAUUAAUAGUAUUGUAUUUUCAACAAUUUACAUAUAUUGUAUUAACAUAUAAAUAUAUACAUAUGUCACAUUAUUUCAAAAUAAUUACACAAGUAUUUUAUGUUUUCUUUAAUAAUAUUUGUUUAACAUCUAUCUAUUUUCUCAUUUUUUAAAAAUGUUUUUCCCAAUUAUUGGGAAAAUCAAAAAAUGACCUCUUCAAAAUAUCUCAAUAGUCAGAUUUUCUUUUAGAAAAUGUACUAUCAUUGUAAAUCGGAGCAAAAUUACUGGUAGACAAGUUGUCCAAAAAAAAAAAAAAAAAUUAACAUCAUUGUAAAACCAUUAUACUAUUAUACUAUUAUACUACUACUUUAUAUAAUAUUACUUAGUUUUAGAGGCAUAAAUUACUUGUAAAAUUAAUAACAUUGCGUUACAAGAUACAACAAAAAUUCACAGCAAAAAUAUAAUUUUUUUUUUUGAAGUAGUAGCGACAAGUGCCGGUAUCAAUUUGACGGAAGUUCCCAUAUUUGUAUUUUUCUACAGACUAAAAAAUAGAAAUUUGUAUCAAAACAACUGCUUUUAUUGUAUAGUAAUAUCUAGUGUUGAAUAUAAUACCAGGUGAUCUAUUUAAGUGGGUACACUCAUUAUCUCGGAAAGCAUUAACUUUUUUCGUUAUUUGUAUUCUAGAACAUAUAAGAAACAAACUGCUCUACAAUUUUAUAUUUAUGUGAUUUUUUGUUACCCUUAUUUUUGGGAGUAAAACUACCACCUACUUUUGAUUUCCAAAUGUAAAUCUAUAUUACAAAUUUCAGAAAUAGAAGGAAUAUUAUAUAAAAUAAAUUUUAGUGUAGACAUUUUUUAUUUCUGUUAACCCAUUUACGAGAUAUUCCACUUUUAAGUAUGGGUUAGAGGAAAGUAGUGGUACAUUAUUAAUACGCCGCCCACCGUACAGCCACACAAAUUAUACUCAAAUACUCUCCUCCAACCAAUACCUAAAAGUGGAAUAUCUCGUCAGAGGGUUGACAGAAGUCAAAAAUGUUACCCACUAAAAUGUAUUUUAUCUAAUACUCCAUCUAUUUAUGCAUUUGUUAAUAUAGGUUGCCUUUUGAAAAUCAAAAGUAGAAAGUGGUUUUACCCUUAAAAAUAAGGGUGACAAAAAUAACAUAAAAAUAAAAUUGUAGAGCUGCUUGUUUCUUAAAUUUUCUGGAAAACAAAUUCCGAUAAAAGUUAAUACUUUCCGAGUGCAUCCACUUAAAUGGAUCGCCUAGUACAAUAUUCAUUUUCAAUAUGGAUUUUAUUUAAAACAUCAUAAUUUACCUAUAAUGUACUUUUAAAUGUAACAGAAUAGAGAAUCGAGUACACCGUGUCAAGAUUAUUUUUACUCUUUAAAGAACGUAUCGUUUUGUGCAUUCUAUCCGGAAGACAACCGAUAUCUGGGAUUCGUUACCAAACACCCGACGUGUCAGAGGUUUGCGUGUCACGUGUUUAAAGCCAACGAAUCUUCGAGACCAGUAGCGGAAGCGAUUGGGUAAAAGAUUUCACUCGUACUUUGUUCGUUCCAAAAUUAUAACAAUAAACACCCUAUUCGUUUUCUUAGACGUGCUUUCCAAAGAUUCUAUCAGAAAUACAUUGAGACCGCGUAUCCAGUGGAAGACAUAUACAUCGAAUGAGUGGAAGAAUUACCCGCGGUUGGCGUGUUACUUUUACAUAUUAUUACACGGGAGGACCGAGGACUAUUCAAUGUUCAUGGCUAUAAACAUCAUGGACAAUAAUAUAAUGACAAAACCGAGUGUAAUGUUUUUAAAACUGAGAAAUGGUGCAAUAACUUGUGAUAAAAUAUACUACCAAAUGUAUUUCAUUGAUAUUUAGAUCAGUAUUAUAAUGUUUACUCUAUUAAAUGUUCCCAAAUGCGCAUUAAUAUUGUCCCCAUAACAAGUUCUAAAGGAAUUUUCAUUAGGAAUAAGGAUAUUUUAAUAUAGGUACUUACUUUCCCAUAAUUAUUGUAUAUUAUUAAAAAUUAUGUUUUUAUGAUUAUAUUUGUUAUUAUUGAAUUAAUGAUAAUACUAGAAUUAAAAUAAAAUAUAAUUUUAUUGAACCAGUUAUAAGAGUUAAGCAGUUGAUUUAAUUUAAAUUAUUAUAAUUCAUUUUGAAUCUAAAGCUGGUUCACUGGUUUAACGCGGGUAAAUUGACAAAUACUAUUUUUUGUCAAAUAAAUACACCUAUAAAGCUUGACAUUUAUAAACCAAUAUUGUAAUUUCCUAUCAUAGUGUAUGAUCAAUUUACUGACUUUUUGUUAAUCGACUGAUAAGUUUCGGACGUUAUUAAAUUAAAAUGUCGAACCAGCGAUAAAAUACUGGAAAAUUCAUUACAUACCAUUUUUACUCAAAUUACAAUUGCACAACAUGGUAUAUUUUAGAAUCUAUUAUGAGAAGUAACAUUUAAAAUUCCUUUUAAGCCGAUUAAAUUAGUAAAAUCUUGCUGAUAUGCAUGGGUAUAAUGCCAUUACAACUGUAAAUUAUAUUAUACAUAUUGAUAUUAGGUAUACUAGGAAUUUAAAUUAACAAUUGGGACUAAUGAAAGUUUAAAACAUUAAAAUUAUCUAGUUAAAAAUUUAUAUUUCAGUCAAUUUUUCUUUCUAUAUAUAGUUUCAUAAUUUAGAAGAUUCAGAAGUCAUUUUACCUAUAAUAUCAAAUGAGUAACGUAUAAAUGUAUAUAUAUAUAUUAAUAGGCACAUAAUAUACUUAGAUCCUUAGGUAAUAUAGAACAUAU